CACCAAUCAAUCAAUAGUUACAGAAAAAGUGAUCCCUAAUUUCUGUCCACAGUAACAUCGAUACCCUGAUUCUUUGCCGAAGUACGAUGCGCAACCCACCGGAGACGCCGCCGCUCUGCCAUUGCUGCCCGAGAUCCCCUGAUUGCCGCAGCUUCCUCAAUGGCUUGCCAAUUUCACCAGACAAAACUCCAAUUCGCCCCCCACCAUCUUCUCCCUGCUGGAACCUCGCUUCGUUGCCGCUGGAGACGCCCCAAUCCUCCACCGGCGACGACGCUGGUGAAUUCCAACUGCAUCCCUGCAGUUCCCCCACCUGAGACCCCCACCCUCCACCCCCCAUGCUGGCCUAUGCAAUCCGUCUAGAGAUUCCACCGGCGUGCCUGCUAGGGUGACCCGGCGAUCCAAAUCCAAGCCAGGAAAGGGACCCUGAGGUAAGCAUUCACGUAAUUCAGCCUUCGACAUUUAAUCUGACGAAUGGCGCCCCUUGUUUUGGAAUUUGCCACACGUACGCCCAUUAGUUUUUGGACUUUUUUAAUUCUCUCAUUAGUCGUGUAUCAUCCUGGAUUUAUUUUAGGUACACACGUUCUGUACUUUUCAAUAAUUCACCAAUCUUAUAGGAAAAAUACUAGACUGCAUAUUUCUUAAUUAUUUUACUGCACCUGCAUAUAUGGAUUCUCACGGACUCAUGCUGAAUUGCUGAUUAGUUAUCAGGAAUUUUCUUUCUACUAAAUCAUAUUUUGAAAAAUCCAUCUAGACUAGCAGCCGAUUCCAUUGUAUUCAUUUACUCUUCAGUAUUUUACCUUAUUUACUAAUUUAUUUUCAUAUGUUCUUGCAAGACCAUCUCACACAAUACUUUGUAAUUUUACUAUAUGUUCAUCGACCCUUCACACUAAACAUACCACAUAGUAAAUUUCUAAAUUAUUUUUUGCUGGGAAUUUUAGUAAGUUUAACAUACCUCAGAGCUCUGUGUAAAUUAUCAAUGACCACCAAUUUUUCAGUAAAUUCUCAAUGAGCUGCGAAACUUUUUUACAUUAACCGUGCGUUCCUGUUUCAAGACCAGAGUAGUUGUUUACUUCCUUUUCUGAAGGAGAUGAGGCCCCCUCAGCAAAUGCAUGGGAGACUAAAAUCAUUCUCAGUAGAAACGUCACAAGGGAUUUGGUCCAUCGGUGUAAGUUCCAUCACUGGUGCUGGACGGCCACCCGCCAAUGUUGCUCGGCAGCCACAACCAUCAGCACGACCUCAACCACAAGUUCCUUGUGAUGCUAUAUGGUGAAAACCAAGAACAUGCCUCCAACCAGGAGUGUGCACCAAUCUCACGCUGGACCUAGCACUGGCAGGGAUCUCCAUGAAAGUGAUGAUGAUGAUGAUGCCUUCAUGGAACCCCCGCCAUGGCGUCGUGUGCUCAAGAAACAAUGCACCAAUGCAAAUGUAGCAGCCAAUGCAACUGCGAAGACUACCAAGACUCUAGUAAAGUAUGCUCAUGCUCCAACAGUUCGCUGUGCCCCUUCGACAUUCAACAAAUUUGUUGACAACUUGACCCUCAACCAGCGUAUAAAGAUCAUAGAGAUGGGUUUUGGUGGCCUCCUUGGUAUAUCUGCAGAGAGGAUAGGAAGCAGAGAACUAUUGAAGUUCUUGUUCGACAGGCUAGACCCCAACAACAUGGUAAUCGAACUUGGCAAAAAUAGGGGAAUCCAUGUGACUCCCUUUGCCGAGAAGCAAGUGCUCGGCAUACCAGAUAGUGAUGAAGAUCUACCUCUACAAACAAACAACCAUGCAUCCAAGGCUCUGUCCAAACUCAAGAUUAUGUUGGGUCUUGAAGAAUCCCAGGACCUUCACGCGAGCCAUCUCCAAAAGAUCUUGAAGGAUGAUUUAGAGCUGUGGUCUAAUUUGAUUGACGAUGAAACGGCAAUAAGAUUUUUCUUUAUCAUUGCUUCUAACAAGCUCCUGUUUCCUAGCACAGAUAACAACAUCAGAUGCAAGGAUAUUUACCAGACUAGGGACUUGUCUCGUUUAUCGGAUAUGAACUGGUGCAAGGCGGUUGUGGACGACCUUAGACAUGCUGCUCAUGCAUAUCAUAUUGACAAGACAAAGAAAGGGACACCAUCGCUCCCUGGAUGUGCUAUAUUACUGAUUAUACUGUAUUUGGAUAACCUACAAUGCAAACACCAGAUCGAACACAUGAACACUCCUCGUGCAAAGUACUUCGAUCAAAAUGUUAUACAAAAGAUCACUUCUGCUGAUAGGACCAAGGACCAACAAGGGAAGGCUACGUUUGGGCUAUUACCGCUUAAGAGUAGCAACAAUACUUGCUACUAUACGACCCAUCACCCAUUUUCAGAUGUGCCAGCAAACAAUGAACCAUUGGCUGCAUCUUAUUUCCCAAGUAUACUCGCAGAACUGGGUGGAUUUAUUGAUCAGAAUAAUAGCAGGACAAGGCAGUCACAGGCAAGGGCAGCCCUGGCAAAGUUUGAUGCCAAAUCCAAGAAAGCGUCAAGCUAUAUGAACACGGGGCAACUGAUGUUACAGAAUGCAUACAAGGAAGUUAUACGAAAUCUGCGGGCAAUUUUGCAGGAUAAGGUGCAUGGCAACAUUGGUCAAGAUCAUCAUCAUCAACCCAACACUUCUGAUACAGCUCAAGCCGAUGAUGUCAGCAUGCAUGGUAGCCGUAAUGGUCAUAACAUGGGAUCUGAACAUGUAUUUGACAAAGAGGUUCCAUCUGAAACAAGGGAAAAUGAGUUGCAUUCUGGUGGCCACCCUAAUCAGGAUAGGCCUUUGCAGUUCGCACAAAACGGGGCACGAGAACCAGAUCUGCCAAACCAUGCAACUCUGCACCAUACCCAUGAUGAAACUUUCCCUCAAACUGAUAAUGUACAUUGUGAUAAGGACAUGGAAGGUGAACCUUCACUAGUUUCCUCUCAGGUGCAUGUUCACACAGGUCUGUUUACCUCCUGACGUGCCUGAAGGAGACACAAUAGCAGCCUUGCCAAUUACUACUCAAGCCGGUGAUGUUUAUAUGCAUGAUACUCACACUGGGCACAAUAUGGGAUUUGAACAUGAGUUUGACAUGCCAAUUCAAUUAGAAACAAGGGCAAAUGAAUUGCAUUCUGGUGACCACACCAACCAAGACAUCAACCACGCCACACCUAUGUAGUUGGGACAACACAUGGCCCUAGAAUCAGGGAUCCCAAUCCCUGUAGCACAGCACAAUAGCCAUGACGAUAGUUUCCCUCGUUCUGAUAAUCACAAUAUACAGGAUGAUAAGGAAAUUGAAGACGAACCUUCACCUAUCUGUUCUCAGCUGAAGGAGCUACUGGCCCAGACAUUACUGGCAUUGUAGGAAGCCCUCAUAAUGCUGAUGCUGCAACCUCAAACUACAGUGUGACUAUACCAACACCAGGUGUUGUUUUGGACACCGACGAUCCAGAACCAUAUCAGAUGGAAGCAACUGAUAUGGCAACUGACGACCCCCUAGGCCCUGUUCUUUUCCAUCCUUGCACUCAAAACGAGCCCAUCUAGCGUCCAUCAAUUGUUCCUAGACCACAACGCCUUACCAAAUGCCCAGCCAUGUACGUGUCACCUUUUAAAGGUGAUCCACAACGACCAAAAGUUCCUAUGUCAAAAGCACUUGCUGUAACGAAGAAGUUCCACCCUCGCCUAAAGUGUUUAAGAAUUCAAUGGAGAAGAAAUAUUUGAAUCGUUCGUUGAUGACGAAUGGCUUUCAACCAAAUUCAUGUCCUACUUUGUUGCUUGCUUGAGCCAUGAUGAAUCAAUCAACAUGGCUGAGGGUGCUGGAUACAGGGUCUUCCUAUCUCCAGAGAUUAGGGAAUAUGUAAAUAUAGAGGAAGAUGAGGACUUUUGCCAGUGGGAUUCUCCACCAGCCCUAGCCAUUUUAUAGCGUGAUAUUGAGCACGUCGACCCAACCAAAGUAAAGCUUUUCCUUUUGCCUGUGAUGGAGGAGGACUACUAUAGUGUCUACUGCAUCAAUUUCAUUCACGAUCGGAUAGAUGUACUUGAUUCUAGUCCAGAAGACCACACAAUUUAUCAUAAUGUUCUCGGUGACCGGAUCAUUCGAAGGCUUAAUCUCCUAUUCCAGCUGGCCACGGAUUAUAGAGUCAAGCAGUUUACUCGAUUCAAGCGCCCAAUAAUUGACGUAUGUAUGCACUCACACGAGAACGAUUGUGGAUUCUUUGCAAUCAAGUUCAUGGAGGUUUGGAAUGGUGAAUCUUUCCAUGUUCCCAUCCUCACGGCAAACAGACGUCUGUAUAGGUCUGAGCUCUUAUUCUACGGCCUCUACCAUCCACUGAACACUAUCAAGAAGCUCCCUGCUGGACUAGAAGCAUACAUGCCUCGUCUGUGACCCUCCUGUCCUCCAAAUUAUCGUCGAAAUAUGUGUGCAAGUGAACAAGUCUGUUAUCAAAUUUUUCCCACUAGGACAAGACUGAGUUGUCCCAGGGUUGUCAGUUACUGUAUUGGAGUAAUUAUAGUUAUCUAUAAAAAAAUUCUAGAAUACUAUGCCCAUAUCUAUGGCAUGGAAAUACUACUUUUCAAUGUUAAUUAUCAUGAUUCUGUACCAAUCUACUACCUUGUAUUAUAAGUUACUGCAAUAAGAUGCCUAAUUACCAUAACUUAGUCA